AUGGAAAGAGUAGAGUUGCCACAACUUCACCAGCAUCCAUUGAUACCUUUCAAUCGCUUUGCUUUUAGUGCGUGCAAGGUGUGCGGCCAUUUAUUUAGCGAAUAUAAUCUUAGCAUUCAGGGAGGGUACCGUUGCAAUGAGCUGGGUUGUGAAGAUGCUGUGUUCCACAAAGAGUGUUUCAAGCCCUUAAAAGAGAUCAACCACUCUUUCCAUCCUGACCAUCCUCUCAAACUGAUCAUCCCUACCUUUCCCUUACAAGAUUCCCAACUCCAUACAUGUUUCUGUGGAAACAGUUUCAAAGUUGGUUAUUGUUGUUCAGUUUGUGAUUUCCAGUUGGAUUUGGAGUGUGCGACGAGACCAGAACCACUUGUUCUUCCUGCAAAUUCAUACGGACAUGAGCAUCCCCUCAAACUCGUCUGUGAUUCUUACGAUAAGGAGCCGAGUUUAGAAUUUUGCAAAGCAUGUGUGAAAUAUGUAGUACACCAGACAAUUCCUUAUUAUAGAUGUCAAGACUGUGAUUUCGUCAUCCAUGUUGAUUGUCUUGAUUUGUUUCCAGAAGCAAAUCAUAUUUUCCAUCCCCAACACCCACUCAAGUCAUUUAGAGGUCAAAUCCCUGAUUAUGCAGACAAAAUUUGUCUUCUUUGCCAGAGCAAGUUCGAUCAAGAACAACAUACCCAACUUCACCACUGUGAUGUUUGUAACUUCAGCAUAUGCAGAGAAUGUAUAAGGAACCCACCACCUAUUGAUGUUGAAUGCCUGAAGACACAUGAACAUCGACUUCAUCUUGUUCCAAGACGUAUUGAAUUCACUUGCGAUGCUUGUGGGACGACUGGUGACCGAAGUCCUUAUUUCUGUCUUCAGUGCAAUUUCAUGAUCCAUCGAGAAUGCAUCGAUCUACCACGCCUCAUAUACAUCAACCGCCAUGAUCACCGUAUCUCUUACAUCCCUCGCCUUGGACAUGGAGAGUGGAAAUGCAGAGUUUGUCGUAAGAAAGUGGAUGGAUUCUAUGGAGCUUACACUUGUGCCAAAUGUCCUAGUUUUGUUGUUCAUGCAAGAUGUGCAACAGACAAAAAAGUAUGGGACAUGGUUGAACGAGAAGGGACAACAGAAGAAGAGGAAAUUGCACCUUACGAGGUGAUCAGUGAUAACACGAUAAAGCAUUUCAGCCAUGAUCAUAACUUACAUCUCAACAAGGAUGAGAUCAUUCUAUCUGAAAGCACACUGUGUAUGGCAUGCAUCUUCCAGAUUGGUGAAGAACCGUUCUACAUUUGCAAGCAGCAGCAAUGCGAUUUCAUUCUCCACGAAAAAUGUGCAAACCUUCCACGGAAACAGCGUCAUGCGUGCAGCAACCUGCCAUUCACACUGCGCACAGAUUCUCACUUCAAAUUUAAGUGUAUGCUUUGUGAUCAGUACUCCACCGGUUUCUGGCAUGAAUCUGGACCUUAUGUGACUAUAGAUGUACGAUGUGCCUUGAUUUCAGAUUCACUUGACCAUGUAAGCCAUCCACAUCCUUUAUACUACUACCGUACAGUCAAAUGUUGUUGUAGUAGAUGUGAGGAAGGGGGAUACUUUUGCUUUCGUUGUGAUGAGUGUGAUGACUAUAUGUUGAACGGCAAGUGUGCUCUUUUACCUGAGAAGGUAAUGAAAAAUAGAUACGAUGAUCAUCCUCUCUUCUUGUCAUAUGUUGACAUGAAUGUGGAUGAAAAAUAUUGGUGUGAGUCAUGUGAAACAAAAGUGAAUCCAAAAGGAAGGGACGGUUACAUGACAAGCUCCAAUUACGAAGUGGUGUCCAACAACUCUAUUUGUAGACCAGUUUGCUAUGGGUGCAACUCUCGAUGCAAACUCCCUUCGGUUCUUAAGAGCUGA